UCAACUUUGUGGAUAACACCAAAGCUGUGAGCCAAGAUCGGCGAGAAGCUUUGAGCGCUCCCCAGCCACCUCUGCCCACAACAUCCUCCUCCUCCUCCUCCUUUCCUCCCGCUCUCCUCCCCCUCGCUGUUUCUUCCUCUAGCGUGAGCGUCAGUCUUGGCUCGGCCCGGGAGCUGUGCGCACAGGGGUGUCAGUUAUGGAGCUGUAGGAGCGCUGCAGAGCUCUCGCCCUUUCCAAGACUGAUCACAUUCACUCUAGUGUAGACUCACAGAGAGCGAUCGCACGGGGCCAGCGCCACCCCGACCGAUUUACGCUGGAUUUAACGGCGCGCCACGGAACUUUGGAGCGGCUUUCUGGACGCGGAGUUAAAAGUGUAAUGAAACGAGAAGACAUAUUUAAAAUUUAAACACCGGAGAGGGUCGUGGAAGCGAUCUGUAAGGUGCUUCAGAAGCGGUUGAAGGAAACUGAGCCCGCAACCUUUCCACGCGCGUUUGGACAGAUCCGCAUCUGUCUUAACGCGUGCUCUCUGCUGUUCCUGACUCGCUUCUGCAGUUUUGUAGUCCCGUUAGGACAGAAAUCAAAAGCUGGUAUAAGGCAUGGUAUAACCCACGGGCUGACAGACACUAGUUCAGUCCUCACUGGUGCGCGUGGCUCUCAUUCCUCAUCCAGAAAGAGACACCAUGAGCCCAGCGAAUACUCAUCUGACAUAUCAGCUGGAUCUGAGCAGCUACUGAGAGUUCCAACAUACUCCAAAAACUAAAAGAGGAGAAACUUGUCCGGUGUUUGAGAUCUGAGGUGUGGGGUGGAUGUGGACUAUGACAGAAUGAGUCCUCUAACACACCUUUUACUCUGUGGAUUACUAUGCUUUAACCAAGUGGAUGGAUCCCGUCUACGGCAGGAAGAUUCUCCACCUCGGAUCGUGGAACACCCCUCCGAUCUGAUUGUAUCCAAAGGCGAACCAGCCACCCUAAACUGCAAGGCGGAGGGGCGUCCCACCCCUACCAUAGAGUGGUACAAGGAUGGAGAACGAGUUGAAACCGAUAAAGAUGACCCUCGAUCCCACCGCAUGCUCCUUCCCAGCGGCUCGCUCUUCUUCCUGCGUAUCGUACAUGGCCGUCGAAGCAAACCUGAUGAGGGGGCGUAUGUUUGUGUGGCACGCAAUUACUUGGGGGAAGCAGUCAGUCGAAAUGCCUCACUGGAAGUAGCAUGUAAGUAUAAACUAUUUGCCAGGCAGACCUUGAGCCUAUUGUCUUGGGAGUUUGUGAACUUUGUGAUCAGUGGAUACAUCUCAGCAUCUGAAGGCAUAAACGCUAGCUACACUAGCAGAAAUGCCAAAGCAAAAGUCGUUAGAGAUUAA